UCCUUUUCUUUUUUCAAGAGAUUCUGUGAGAUCACACAAAAUCCAGAUGGAGUCUUCCCAAUUCUCAGAGCAAUUGCAAAUCCAAGCAUGUGAGAUUUUGAGCUCCAAUGAUGUCAAACCAAUGGAAAACCUCUUCUCUUUUCUGUUUUCUCCUCAAGAACGACGAAGAACCCAUGCCUAUAAUCUCCUCCGCUGUUCUAAAGAUCACUUCCUAUGUCUUCUUUUUUUAAAGCUUUUAUACCUUCUUAGGUUUUCCUCUAAAAUUGACACCCGUGCAAAUUCCGUGCUUGUCCUCAGUUGUGUUAAAGUUCAAAACGUGUGGCCCAAGUUACUUCCUCAAGUUCAAGUCAAUCUGAAAAUCCAAUUUCUUGAUUGCCUUCGAAGGGAGGAUUUUAUGCCCGUUUUAAGGAUUCUCUGUGGGGUUGUAUCUGAUAUAGCUGGUGAAGUUUAUAAAGGUCAAGACCAAUGGCAAGAGCUUCUUGAUUUUUUAGGAAGGUCUCUUGCAUUGGAGAAUGACAAGUUUCAAGAAACUGCUUUGUUGGUGUUUGCUUAUAUUCCUUGUCAUUGUAGGAGGUCGAUUUGUAAAGCUUUAUUACCUCGAAUUGGGCUUUUGCAUGGGGGACUUUUUCGUGCAUUGGCUUCAAAAAAUGUUGAUGUAAAGAUUGCUGCUUUUGGAGCUGUCAUUAGUUUAUUGCCUUUGUUCUCAGGGUCUUUAGGGCGUGAUUGGUUCAAUGACUUGUUGCGGGAAAUGAUAAUGGGAAUCUUUGAUCUACUGAAAGCUGAAAAAGAGGAGUAUGCUCAAAAGGGUCUAAAGGAGUUAAUUUACUUGGUGAUGGAAGCGCCUCAAAUCUUGAGGCCCCACCUGAAUAAUUUAGUUUCAUACAUGCUUCAGAUUACUGAGAGUAGAAUUCAUAAGGAUGAAACGAAACAUUGUGCAGUUCAGUUCUUGAUGACCAUGAUAGAGGCCAAAGAUUUGGCACCCGCAAUGCGGAUGCUGCCCUUUGAAUGUAUGGUUGGGUUGUUCAUUCUUCCAAUGAGAAUGCUACUUGGUAUCCAAGAUGAUGUUGCGUGGUAUGAGAUGGGAAAUAUAGAGGGUGAUAAUGUAGGGAAAACUGACACCUAUAACUAUGGAAUCAAGUGCUUGAACCAGAUGUCAAUAGUUUUAGGUGGAAAGAACAUAGUGCCCAUUGCUUUUAAAUUUUUACCCGUGUAUAUGGAUGCACUAGAAUGGCAGGGACGUCAUGCUGGGAUAACUAUGCUUGGUGUGAUUUCUAAGGAGUGCUCAGAUGAAAUGAUAAUGUUGGAAGAUUAUUUGCAGCAAGCUGUGACCAUAAUUUUGACAUCGUUCCAAGAUUCUCACCCCAGAGUUUGUUGGGCAGCUUUUCAUUUUAUGCAACUGCCUACAGUUCUGGUUGGCGCAAUUCAAAUUCUUCAUCAUCCAAGGAUUGUGCCUGCACUUGUUGCUACACUUGACAAAAAACAAAAUCCUAGACUGGAGGAAGAAGUUGCCUCAGCACUGUUCUUCUUUGUGAAGUGCAUGUCUCAAGGUUGCUUAAUUAUGUGUAUGGAUUUGGAUAUUGUAUUAAGAAAAUUGCUUGCACUGCUACUGGGUAAUAACGGAACUGACAGAUGCAGAUCAAUUGCAUUGUGCACUUUCAACACUAUAGUAAAACAAAGUUCCGAAGCAUGUGUCAAGCACUGUGCUAUGUAUCUUCCAGUCUUAUUGGAAACCUGCACUGACCAGAAUUCAGAGCUCCGAAAGGAAGCUACAUUCGGAAUCCGGAUUUGUGCAGAGUUUGGUGGAUCUCAGUUCAAACCUUUUAUUAAAAGUGCCCUUUCAAAACUAAAUGUUGUAAUGGCAUAUCCUAAUCGAUCAUGUAUAGAGGACUUAAAGGCAUCUGAUAUUGCAGUUUCAGCUAUUGGAAAAAUAUGUGAGUUUCAUCGUGACAUCAUAAAUGCAACUAAGCUUGUUCCCACCUGGUUAAGCUUCUUGCCUAUCAAAGAGGAUUUAACUGAGGCCAAAUCUGUGCAUGAACAGCUUUGUUCGAUGGUUGAAAGGUUAGACAGAGAACUUUUCGGGCCCAGUUGCGAACACCUUUAUAAAAUUGUUGUUGCUUUUCUUGAGGUUAUUAGUCAGGGAAGCAAUUUGGCCACAGCACACACUGCGAGACGAAUGAUAGAUUUGCUAAAGCAAAUAUGGAGAAUAUUCCCACAAACUGUGUUGAACCCAAUCUUGUUCUCAUUGAACGCCAAGCAGCAAGAAGUGCUAGCAAAUGUUGUUGGCUUUUUUAUCUAAUAACCUAAUCAUCAAAAUUUUCUUGCAGAGUAAUUCCCAUAUACCAACACAGGAAAGUCUCUUUUACUCUAUUACUAGAAUCUUGAUACAGGCUACAAAGAAGGUUUUUUCUUGUGAAGUUUCAGAACAGCAAUGUACUACAUGUGCAGUCUGGAGAGAAGCAAUUGUAGAAAACAAUGAGAAAAAUAUAGACUUUAUAGGAUCUUAUUGAUGUAGAAAUAGUGACAUGAAUAUUAACUAGGAAAAUUUCUGAAAUUUAAUUGAGAGUUUAUAUUUUCUGUUGAAGUCAA